GCGGCGGCGCGCCCCCCGCACCCGCGCCCCCCGCACCCGCGCUCGGCCCCGCGGAGGACGGCCAUGCCGCCGCGGCGCAGCAUCGUGGAGGUGAAGGUGCUGGACGUGCAGAAGCGGCGGGUGCCCAACAAGCAUUAUGUCUAUAUCAUCCGGGUUACAUGGUCCAGCGGCUCCACGGAGGCCAUUUACCGGCGCUACAGCAAGUUCUUUGACCUCCAGAUGCAGAUGUUGGACAAAUUUCCCAUGGAAGGAGGACAGAAGGAUCCCAAACAACGGAUCAUUCCCUUUCUGCCAGGCAAAAUUCUCUUCCGACGAAGCCACAUCCGGGACGUUGCCGUCAAACGCCUGAUCCCGAUUGAUGAAUACUGUAAGGCCCUGAUCCAGCUGCCCCCCUACAUCUCUCAGUGCGAUGAGGUGCUGCAGUUCUUUGAGACUAGACCUGAGGACCUGAACCCCCCCAAAGAGGAGCAUGUUGGGAAAAAGAAAUCUGGGGGUGACCUGACCUCAGUGGACCCCAUGGUCCUGGAGCAGUAUGUGGUGGUGGCAGACUACCAGAAGCAGGAGAGCUCGGAGAUCAGCCUCAGCGUGGGGCAGGUGGUGGACAUCAUCGAGAAGAACGAGUCAGGUUGGUGGUUCGUCAGCACCGCAGAAGAGCAAGGCUGGGUCCCUGCAACCUGCCUGGAAGGGCAGGACGGUGUGCAAGACGAGUUCUCCCUGCAGCCUGAAGAAGAGGAGAAGUACACAGUCAUCUACCCGUACACAGCUCGCGACCAGGAUGAAAUGAAUCUAGAGAGAGGGGCCAUGGUGGAGGUGAUCCAGAAGAACCUGGAAGGCUGGUGGAAAAUCAGGUACCAGGGCAAAGAGGGCUGGGCCCCGGCCUCCUACCUCAAGAAGAGCAGCGGGGAGCCCUCACCCCCGAAGCCAGGCCCCGGCUCAUCCGCCCACACCGGCGGCCUCGACCUGGAUGGAGUUUCCCGGCAGCAGAGCAUGGUGGGCAGGGAGAGAGAGCUACUCAACAGCCAGAGGGACGGCCGGUUUGAAGGCCGCCCAGGGCCCGACGGCGACAUCAAGCAGCGAUCGCCCAAGAUGAGGCAGAGACCCCCUCCUCGCCGAGAUAUGACCAUUCCUCGAGGUCUUAACCUGCCCAAGCCUCCCGUUCCACCCCAAGUGGAGGAAGAGUAUUACACCAUUGCUGAGUUCCAGACAACCAUCCCUGACGGCAUCAGCUUCCAGGCGGGUCUGAAGGUCGAGGUGAUCGAGAAGAACUUGAGUGGCUGGUGGUACAUUCAGAUCGACGAUAAGGAAGGAUGGGCCCCAGCCACCUUCAUUGACAAGUACAAGAAGACAAGCAAUGCCUCAAGGCCCAACUUCUUGGCGCCCUUGCCUGGCGAGGUGAGCCAGCUCCGCCUGGGGGACGCAGCGGCGGUGGCGGCGGAGAGCAACACGGGCAGCGAAGCCGUCGGCCCCUCCCGGCCCCUGCCCGAGGCACCACAUGGUACCGUGGACUCCGGGAUGCCGUGGUCCAAAGACUGGAAGGGCGGCAAGGAGGUCCUGAGGAAGGCGUCCUCUGACAUGUCCUCGUGCGCGGGCUACGAGGAGAUCUCCAGCCCCGACCUGGAGGAGAAGCCCAGCCUCCCUCCCCGGAAAGAAUCCAUCAUCAAGUCGGAAGGGGAGCUGCAGGAGAGGGAGCGCCAGAGGAUGGAGCAGCUCCGAGGCUCCUCGCCCAAGCCCCCGGGCAUGAUUUUGCCCAUGAUUCCAGCCAAACACACCCCCCCAUCCCGGGACAGCAGGAGACCGGAACCCAAACCAGACAAAAGCAAGUUGUUCCAGCUGAAAAACGAGAUGGGGCUGGAGUGUGGCCACAAAGUCCUGGCCAAGGAGGUGAAGAAGCCCAACCUCCGACCCAUCUCCAGACCCAGAGCUGACCCACCAGAGGAGAAGCCAGAAGUUACUCCCCAGAAUCCUUUCUUGAAGUCCAGGCCUCAGGUGAGGCCCAAACCAGCUCCCUCCCCCAGGACAGAGCCACCUCAGGGCGAGGAUCAAGUGGACAUCUCCAACCUCAGGAGCAAGCUGAGGCCCGCCAAGUCCCAGGAGAAAGCCCUACUGGAUGGAGAGGGUGGUCACCAGGCCGCCGGGGGCCAAGACGCAGCCUUCAGCCGGGGCGCCCUCCCGGGCGAUGGGCCGGGCCGCACCCAGGACAGGAUGGCCAGACAGGACGGGCUCGGCCCGAAGGAGGUGUCCUGCAGAGCCCCUCCGAGGCCAGCCAAGACCUCAGACCCCGGGCCCAAGACCGCGCCCGCCCCUCUGCAAGAGGCCCCCCCUCAGAGACCCGUGGUCCUGCCCCGCAGACCACCGCCCCCCAAGAAAGCCACUUCGUCCUCCAGGCCCCUCCCAGAGGUCAGAGGACCGCAGCGGGACGCCAGCGAAGGCAAGGCAGCUCCUGGCCCAGGCCGGGCCCUGCUGGUCCCUCCUAAAGCCAAGCCUUUCCUUCCCAACUCCUCAGGUGGCCAUGACGACACGCGAGGCAAAGGCAGCCCAGGGCCACGGAUGGCGGGCAGGGCCGGAGAGAACAGAGAGAAAGUAGCCGCCACCCCCUUCCCCAACGCCGAUGGCCCGAAGGACUCUCUGUACGUGGCUGUGGCCAAUUUCGAAGGAGACGAAGACACCAGUAGCUUCCAGGAGGGGACGGUGUUCGAGGUCCGGGAAAAGAACAGCAGCGGCUGGUGGUUCUGCCAGGUCCUGAGCGGGGCCCCUUCCUGGGAGGGGUGGAUUCCCUCCAACUAUCUCAGAAAGAAGCCGUAGCGCCCUCCUUCCCUGCCUGGCGGCCCCGUGCAUCCCUGCUGGCUCUACCCACAUAUUUAAUAUGCCUCUUAAUUUAUCAACCUUCAUGCAGCUUCAAAGGAAGGAAGGCUCUGGAGUCCUGUGGUUUCUUCCCUCCCGUCACAGCAUUCCCGGAGGCCACACACCACCCCCUGCUUUCCAAGCCAGCAUCCCUGCCUUAAGGCCGGUGGCAUUGCCACCCUGUGUAGGCCACCUAGCCACGGGACCCGUGACUCUCCAAGACCGGAGCCCCUUGUCUGGACACUGCAGAAACGGUCCCUCCUUGCUGGCACCCCGCCCAGCCUGUGACGGCUGGCCCCAGCUUCUCCAUGUUUCUAAACUCCCAGGGACUUCAUUUCCUCAGCUUCCAAAACGCCUUGUAGCGGAAAGAACUCCAUCCCCUGGAAGUCGGCCCCAUUGCCAAUCCCAAGGAGAUGUCCUCCCUCAGGCUCGGGGCCCAGGAGCCUCUCAGGUUCGACCAGAGGCAGCAGUCCCAGGAGUGGGCCUGAGGGUCCACUGAGCCAUCGUGCCCUCUGCCUUUGGUCUCGGGAGCCUGAUCCUGAGGGGUGGCUGCAGCCCCCGCGUGCUCCACUUCCCCACGGCAGGGCCUUUUAAAUAGGAGUCCCACCCCACCAGCGGCCAUUUCACCGUCUCCGUAGAGCGAGAAUCUCAAAGGCUGUUUGAAAGGAGCGGUUCACAAUCCAUGCCCCUUGUGAGUAGCUAGUAGGUGCCGGACUCUGUACUUGGCACUUUACAUCACGUCGUAACCCUCACCACACCCCUCCCUUGUAUCCCUGUGUUAGGGAUGAGGAACCCCAGACUCCGUGCGCCCGGGGGCACACGAGCUAGGAAGAAGAAAGAAGACUUGACUCUGACCUCAACGCCAGUGCCCUUUUCCCAGGAAGAGGCUAGCCAGGCAGGGGAGAGGAAGGAGCUAGCGGUGUCAGGAGCGGGUGGCCAAGUGGCUUCCUCCUGCUGUGGGCGCUAGUGUAGCUGCUCCCACACCCCCCAGCCCUCCCGCCAUUACAGCUUGCACCGAAGGCUGCCGGGCACCGGCCGUCGACAGCUGGUCCUGCGCAGCAGGGGGUACCCCGGGCUCUAGCGGUGGCCACGGGGCCCUGUUUCCUCCUCCUGCGCUGCUGCCCCCUCUGGGGGAUAAAGCUCGUGGAGCAAAGGGAGCAGAGGUGGUCUCACAUGCCAGCCCCAAGGGCCCUAGUGGCUCAGGGACCAGGAGCUGGGUGUCCACAGGCAGACACCUCCCGGCCCGCCCUCCUGCUGCUUCCCGCUCCUCUCUGACAUUCACAGAGCGGUUUCCUUUCUUUCUCUCUUUCUUUCUUCCUUUCUUUGUUUCUUUCUCCUUCCUUCCUUCCUUCCUUCCUUCCUUCCU